AUGGCGCGCAUAGCCAAGCUGAGCAGAGACGCCGGUGUCACCUACUUUGACUUCUACCCCGGCGUGGCCGUCGGCGUGGCGGAGAUCAGCCACACAGCGCUGUGGAGCGAGUGCCAGACGACCGGCCGCUGCGCUGUGCCGCUCUGCCAGCCCGUGCUGGGCGACUACUGCACCAGCACCAGUGUGUGUAUGGAGUCCAUCACCAACGGCGAGUGUACAGCUGGCACGUGCCAGUGCCCGAGCCAGCACUGGGUGAACAGCAACGUCGACUGUCAGCCGGGCGUGCCGCUCACCGGCGCGUGCAGCGCCAACAUCGAGUGUCAGACCAUUACGGAAAACAGCAUGUGUGGUGCCAGUGGUACCUGUGAAUGCGAUGCAGGCUAUUUUAACUACCAGAAUACGCAAUGUCUCCCAGUGAAGGCACUGGGGGACCCGUGCACGAUGGACCACGAGUGCGGGGACGAGACCACCAAACACUGUCCGUCUGGAUCGUGCGCCUGCCGGCCCAACUAUGUCAGCGUGGAGGGCGUCUGCAAACCAGCCAAAAAUCUGGGCGAGGCCUGCACCGUCAACGAAGAGUGCACGAUGACAACUGCGAACAGCAUCUGUUCUGGUACUUGUACUUGCCCUGCAGCACACUGGGAGCAUAGCGGCACCUGCCGGCCUUCGGUGGCGUACGGGGGCAGUUGCACCUACGACCAGGACUGCAGCACCCACGACGCUCGCUUCGCGUGCUACAGCGGCACGUGCUCCGACUACGUCUGCUCGCCGGUGUCCGUUGGCGGUUAUGAGUACCGGCUGGCGGGCGGCACGAGCGCCUGCAUCACGGGCCGCGUGGAGCUGCGCUCUCCGGGCGGACAGUGGGGCCACGUGUGCGAUGACGGCUGGGAUGACGUAGAUGCCGGCGUCUUCUGUCGAUCUCUCGGCUUCAACGCCGGCACGUUCGCCUGCUGCUCGACUCACGGCUACGGCGGCGUCCUCAAGUUCCACAUGGACGACGUGGCGUGUGGCGGCAGCGAGAACCAUCUGAUGGCCUGUUCCUACGGCGGCUGGGACCAGCACAACUGCGGCUCCUCGGAGGUGAGCUCGGUCACAUGCUCCUAG